CUUGGUUUUAUCCCAGGGACAUCCUCCAAUCUUAAAACUGGCCGGCUUUUGCUUCGUUUUAUAUAUAUAUAUAUAUCAAUCUACCCUUUCCUCUGCAUCCGGUCUCCCUUCUUCCUCCGACGAGCCGCCUUCAUACACCAUGCGGCUGGCAGCGCUUCUGCCUCUGCUGGCUGCUGGGCAUGCCCUCGCGGAAACCACCGAGAAGGAAACUGCUACGAAUACCCUUCUCACUCUCACAGGGUCUAUUGCAACAACGACCAUCAAUGACGCUACUGUUCCGACCGGCGACUACCUGACUUACUCCUCGACAAUCUAUCUCACCACCCACGGCACUGCCCUCGGUUCAACCGUCGUCUCUGGUAACGACACUUCGACUGGCAACGCGACCACAGCCCAAAAUGCAACAAUGACGACCACGUCAGAGUCGGUGACCGUGCUUGUAGGCGGUCAAACAACCCUCUCCGGCAAUGGAACCGCCAAUGUCACAAGCACAGCGCCGCCAGCGUCCACCUCCACUGCCGUCAAUACCCAACCAUGCAAUGGCUACCCCGAGUUCUGCAAUCGCAAGUACUCCAAUAUCACCAUGGUGGCGGCCCAUAACAGUCCCUUUGUGAUGAAGGGCAAUGCCGCAGCGAACCAGGAGUUAGAUGUGACCUACCAGUUGGAGGAUGGAAUUCGAAUGCUUCAAUUACAGGCCCAUCUCGUUAACGGUACCGUGUAUCUCUGCCACACUACCUGCGACCUUCUCAACGCCGGAACCCUGGAGGCAUAUCUUACGACCGUCGCCGGUUGGAUGAGACAGCAUCCAUAUGAUGUUGUGACCAUUCUGAUUGGAAACUAUGACUAUGUGAACCCCGGAAACUUCACAGCUCCGAUUGAAAAUUCUGGAUUGAUGGACCUGGUGUGGACUCCUCCCAUGAUACCUAUGGGGCUCGAGGACUGGCCGACAUUGGGCAACAUGAUCAUCUCGGGCAAGCGCGUGCUGGUUUUCAUGGACUAUCAAGCCAACCAGACCGCCAUUCCAUGGCUUAUGGACGAGUUUUCUCAGAUGUGGGAAACUCCAUUUUCGCCUACAGACCGAAACUUUCCCUGCACCGAGCAACGUCCUCCCAACCUUUCGGAAAAGGACGCGAAGGAACGGAUGUACAUGGCCAACCACAAUCUCAAUCUCCAGAUCGACAUUGCCAACAUUAAUCUGCUUAUUCCCAAUACCGCGCUACUGAAUGAGACGAAUGCUGACACUGGUUACGGUAGCCUUGGCUGGAUGGCCGAUAACUGCACAACCAUGUGGAAUCGUCCACCAAACUUUCUCUUAGUCGACUACUACAAUGAAGGAAACUUCAAUGGAUCUGUGUUCCAAGUUGCAGCCGACAUGAACAAUGUCACCUAUAAUCGGGACUCUUGCUGUGGGACCACGUCCGCAGGUUCGAGCGUACUACCUGGACAGAGCCUAAUGGGAACGAUAUUCCUAUUUGCUGCUGUUCCCUUCCUUGCACACAUGUUGUAAAUGUUUUGUGGGUAGAUUUGUUUUACUUUUGUAUAUACGAGUAUUAGAUGAC